UCACUGAUCCGCUAAUCCCACUGGAGAGAUCUCUUCGCUAAGCUGCCCCUGUCGCCUGAUUCCGUUCGUCUCUUUGAUUGCUUUUCAUGAAUGGAUCUGAAUAGCGGCGUCUCCUACUCCUCCCCCCAUUGCUUUGAAAACAACCACUGUUGAUUCUUGCCGCCGCUGCUUGAGAUUUCGCUCUCACUUAGGUUCGACGUUUGUGUGCUUGUUUGUGCGUAUGUGCGUGCGAUUCUGCUGCUUCUCACCUUCCCCCUCUCCUCUUCUUGCCGUCAGUGGUUGACUCUGGCUCGGCUUGUUUGUUGCCGGGGGUUACGCUGUUGCCGGGGACGAUGUCUGAACACAUUCAGCUUUCACUGGCUCUGUGCAGAAUUGGUUUAUAUACGUGUCUGCGGACACUGUGCUGUAAGGGGCCGCCCCCACCCCGGCCGGAGUAUGACGUGGUGUGCAUCGGCCUGGCUGGCUCCGGCAAGACCAGCCUGCUGUCCCGUCUGAGCAGUGAGAGCACUGACACCAUCGUGCCCACCACAGGUUUCAGCAUCAAAGCAGUGGGGUUUCAGAAUGCCAUACUGAAUGUGAAGGAACUUGGAGGUGCCGACCACAUAAAGAAGUACUGGAGCCGCUACUACCAGGGCUCGCAGGGCGUGGUGUUCGUGGUGAACAGCGCGUGCUCACCGGCCGAGCUGGAGGCGUCGCGGGCGGAGCUCCACCUGGCGCUGCAGCACCCGCAGCUGUGCACGCUGCCCUUCCUCAUCCUCGCCAACCACCAGGACCAGCCGGCCGCGCGGCCCGUGCCCGAGAUAAAGAAAUACUUUGAGCUGGAGCCGCUGGCCCGAGGAAAACGAUGGAUCCUGGCGGGCAGCUCCACAGCAGAUGUGGAGGACGUGAGGCAAAGCUUCAUUCAGCUCAUCAGCCUGCUGGAGGACAGAGAUGCAGAACCAGCCAGGAUAUGACACGCAUGCACACAAACACACACACACACACACACACA